CUGUUCUCCCUCUUAUGUGGUUGAAUGAGGGUCGGAGAAACAAGAUGUGCCCUUCCCAGUAAAAUUGCGCUGAAGGAGCGCGUCGGUUGAUUCAUUGCCUUACCCCACCUCUCUGGUCAUGCAGGGAAUCCACUGGUGGAUGCACAUGCAGAGGUUUGCUUCCUGGUGGCUGUCAGGAUGAGUGGUUGCUCAAACAGAUCCUGCUGCUGGUGCUGCUGUUCUUGGUCCCUCCUGAAGCUGCUGCUCUUCCCAGACCAGUCUCUUACUCCUCUUACUCCUCUCUCUCCCCCCCCCCCUCUCCCUCACCCCCUGCCCCACUUUCUUGCCCACUCCACUGUCACAGCUACAAUUCAGGGUGCUGGCUCAACUUGCGUUCAAAGUUAUCGUUUGUUUUCUGUAGCAGCAGGUCUCUAGCCUUUUUUUCUUUUUCCAUGCUGAUUUUGGGCUUUCACCACCCUCAGUCCAGCACAGACCGACAGUCUCGGAAAGGCCACAGGGAAAAAAGAAGUGUGCUCUUUCUUGUACACAGAGAAAGAGGUUUCUUGGCUUUAAUGCUUCGUGUCACAGUAAGGCCACAAGUUUGAUACUUUUAUCUAUUUGGUAUGCCUUUAUUUCAUCUCUCCACAUUCUCCUUCUCAAAGAGGGAGAAAAGACUGAAGUGAAUCAGUGAUAACUGCAGCUGUUCCUGCUGAAGCAGCCAUAAUGCUGUACACCUCCAAGUACCUGACCACUUGUCACUAUCAAGCUUCUGCAGUUUAAGGGCAUAAAGUAGGAAUAAGCUAGUUUGGAUGGUUUUGGUUUUUUUUCAUUCUGUUUGCAGUACAAUAAUGUGGUAGCUAGUUCAUAGAAGCACAGGGAUGGUUCACGAAUACUUUAUCAAAAGGUAAACUAAGAUGUGCAUUUGUGUCUUGUUAGUUACUCUGUGGUAGCUGCUUAUGUACAUGCUCUCACCCUUUUGCUCUUAAAUUCACUGUGAAGCAAGCUGUCUUGCACCGACUGUGGGCUAAGACAGUGCAGGUGAGCAGCAGAGAUGGUAAACUGGGGGAUGGAAUUACAUUGCAGUAACUGUCUGUGUAGCCUUAAAGAUUGAUCGUGUCCGAUCAUUUGUGUCCCUUUUGCAGUCCUGAGCUGUGGUCUGUAAGGCUGCCCUGCUCCGGUGCUUUGCUGAGUUGGACUUGAAUGUUUCAAGCAGCAGAGCUCCAACUGUUUGCUGUGAUAGAUUCGCUCCAUCCUGAUGUGUGCUGGUGUUCACGUUUUCCCUUUCAAGAGAAAAGGUGAUCUUUUCUUGUGAGACGAGUGGUUCGCAACUCAUGGCCUCCGCAAUGAAUACUGCAGUGUCGUGACACCAGGGGUCUUGUGUGCCCUGGAGAUGCGAGACUUCCCCUGGGCAGCAGGAGGCAAACGUCUAGAGAAUGCUGGAGCUGCAGGAGGGAAGCGCCCAGUGCAAAACCAGAGAGGAGCAAAGAGAAAAAAGGCAAGCAGACAGCCAGCAUUGAGAGAAGCAGGUGGCAGAAAGUGCUUUGACGCUGCCUCUGGCGGCACACUCCCCAGAGGAACUUGACGAGAGUCCAUCUGCGUGCGUGUGAGACUGUGAGCUCAGGAUUUCUGUCAAUGCAUUCCAGUAACCCCAAAGUGAGGAACUCCCCAUCAGGCAACACGCAGAGCCCCAAAUCAAAGCAGGAGGUGAUGGUCCGUCCCCCUACAGUGAUGUCCCCGUCUGGCAACCCCCAGCUGGAUUCCAAAUUUUCCAACCAGGGAAAACAAGGGGGCUCCACCAGCCAAUCCCAGCCCUCUCCCUGUGACCCCAAAAGUGGAGGUCACCCCCCCAAAGUGCUCCCUGGCCCAGGUGGGAGCAUGGGGCUGAAGAAUGGGGCUGGAAAUGGUGCCAAGGGGAAGGGGAAGAGAGAGAGGAGCAUUUCGGCAGAUUCCUUUGAACAGAGGGAAGCUGGGACUCCUAAUGAUGACCCUGAAAUCAAAGACUGCAAUUCUGCUGAUCAUGUGAAAUCCCAGGAGUCUCAGCACACACCACACUCCAUGACUUCUUCAAAUGCUUCAGCCCCAAGGUCUUCCACACCUUCCCAUGGCCUGACUGCUGCUUUGGAGCCAGCAAGUGGGCAGAAGACUCCAUCCAAAGUGGUUUACGUCUUUUCUACUGAGAUGGCCAACAAGGCUGCAGAAGCUGUGCUGAAAGGACAGGUGGAAACCAUUGUGUCCUUUCAUAUCCAGAACAUCUCAAACAGCAAGGCGGAACGAAACACUGUACCCUUGAACCCCCAGAUCACUGCCCUUCGGACUGAACCCAAGCCCCUGCCGCAGCCCCAGCCCCCCACUGCCCAGGAUCAGAACCCUCCCCAGAACGCUAAAAUGCAGCCGACUCCACCCGUGUCAGUGCCGGUAUCCAAAUCCACUGGCCCCCCGUGUCCCAUAGAUCAGGACAGUCCCGGCGUGGAAAGCAAAGUCAUGUCUGUGGGCAGCCCUGCCAACUCUACCCCAUUGCAGACAGAAGGAUUUGGGCAGAGUUCGACCCCCAAUAAUCGAGCAGUUAGCCCAGUUUCCCAAGGUAGCAAUAGCUCUGCUGCAGACCCCAAAGGUCCUCCCCAGCAGGUGUCUGGUGGGGACCCAUCCAAUUUGGGUGAGAAUCCAGAUGGACUGUCACAGGAGCAGCUGGAGCAUCGAGAGCGCUCAUUGCAGACCCUGAGAGACAUACAGCGCAUGCUCUUCCCUGAUGAGAAGGAGUUUGCGGGAGGGCAAAGUGGGGGGCCACCCUCAAAUGCUGGGGUGCUGGAUGGUCCCCAAAAGAAACCUGAAGGGCCAAUACAGGCCAUGAUGGCUCAAUCCCAAAGUUUAGGCAAAGGGUCAGGGUCUCGGACAGAUGGAGGGGCUCCGUUUGGCCCUCAAGGACACAGGGACAUGCCUUUUUCCCCAGAUGAAAUGGGGCCACCACCAAUGAACUCUCAGUCAGGACCCAUAGGCCCAGACCACCUGGACCACAUGACUCCUGAGCAGGUGGCCUGGCUCAAGCUGCAGCAGGAGUUUUACGAGGAGAAGAGAAGAAAGCAAGAGCAGGUGGUUGUGCAGCAGUGUUCACUGCAGGACAUGAUGGUCCAUCAGCAUGGGCCUCGUGGGGUGGUCCGAGGCCCUCCCCCUCCCUACCAGAUGACCCCUGGGGAGGGCUGGGGACCUGGGGGUCCAGAGCCCUUCCCUGAAGGCAUGAACAUGUCGCACUCUCUGCCCCCCAGGGGCAUGGCCCCUCAUCCCAACAUGCCCGGGAGCCAGAUGCGCCUGCCUGGUUUUGCAGGAAUGAUGAACCCUGAUAUGGAGGGCCCCAGCGUCCCGAAUCCUGCCUCCCGGCCUGGGCUUUCGGGAGUUAGUUGGCCAGAUGAUGUGCCAAAAAUCCCAGAUGGCCGAAACUUCCCUCCUGGCCAGGGUGUCUUCAGUGGCCCUGGCCGAGGGGAGCGGUUCCCCAAUCCACAGGGCCUGCCCGAAGAGCUCUAUCAGCAGCAGCUGGCUGAGAAACAGAUGGGCCUCCCUCCUGGCCUCAACAUGGAAGGCAUCAGGCCUGGCAUGGAGAUAAACAGAAUGAUGCCCUCCCAGAGACACAUGGAGCCUGGAAACAAUCCGAUCUUCCCUCGCAUGCCAGUGGAAGGGCCGAUGAGCCCCUCCAGGGGGGACUUCCCGAAAGGAAUACCCCCACAAAUAGCCUCUAGCAGAGAGCUGGAGUUUGGGAUGGGCCCUGGCAGCAUGAAGGGGGACAUGGGCAUGAAUGUCAGCAUGGGCUCCAACCCACCUCUGGUCCCUCAGAAGCUGAGGGAUGCAGGAGUUGGGCCGGAAGAGAUGAUGAAACUGCGCCCCGGUGUCUCGGAGAUGCUCUCCUCUCAGCAGAAAAUGGUGCCGCUGCCAUUUGGGGAGCAUCCGCAGCAAGAGUAUGGCAUGGGUCCCAGGCCUUUCCUUCCCAUGUCUCAGGGCCCAGGAGUCGGUCUCCGAAAUCUCAGAGAACAGAUUGGGCCUGACCAAAGGACUAACAACCGGCUCAGCCACAUGCCGCCACUACCUCUCAAUCCCACCAGUAACCCUAAUAGCCUCAACACUGCUCCCCCUGCGCAGCGCAGCCUCGGCCGCAAGCCCUUGGAUAUCUCUGCAGCUGGUCAGGUGCAUUCGCCAGGGAUCAACCCCCUGAAAUCCCCCACGAUGCGCCAGGUCCAGUCUCCCAUGAUGGGGUCUCCCUCGGGGAACCUCAAGUCCCCUCAGACACCCUCCCAGCUGGCAGGAAUGCUUGCAGGCCCCACUGCCGCAGCUGCCGCUGCCUCCAUUAAGUCUCCCCCUGUCUUGGGGUCUGCUGCUGCUUCUCCUGUCCACCUCAAGUCUCCGUCUCUCCCCGCACCUUCUCCCGGAUGGACUUCAUCUCCAAAGCCUCCUUUGCAGAGCCCUGGGAUUCCCCCGAACCACAAGGCAUCUCUCACCAUGUCUUCUCCAGCCAUGCUGGGGAACGUGGAGUCGGGUGGUCCACCUCCUUCCACAGUCAGCCAGUCUGCUCCUGUGACUCUCCCUGGAAAUCUUCCCUCUAGCAGUCCUUACACAAUGCCACCAGAGCCGACCCUCUCCCAGAAUCCCCUCUCCAUUAUGAUGUCCAGGAUGUCCAAAUUUGCCAUGCCCAGCUCUACACCGCUCUAUCAUGAUGCCAUCAAAACUGUGGCCAGCUCAGAUGAUGACUCCCCUCCAGCACGUUCCCCAAACUUGCCACCUAUGAACAGCGUACCAGGAAUGGGCAUUAAUUCUCAGAAUCCUCGAAUUUCAGGUCCAAACCCAGUGGGUCCAAUGCCAACCCUUAGCCCAAUGGGAAUGACCCAGCCUCUUUCCCAUAACAACCAGAUGCCCUCUCCAAAUGCUAUGGGACCCAAUAUACCUCCUCAUGGGGUCCCCGUGGGACCCGGCCUGAUGUCACACAACCCAAUGAUGGGGCAUGGUUCCCAGGAGUCUCCAAUGGUACCUCAAGGACGCCUGGGCUUCCCACAGGGGUUCCCUCCUGUACAGUCUCCUCCGCAACAGGUGCCAUUUCCACACAACGGGCCCAGCGGUGGACAAGGCAACUUCCCAGCGGGAAUGGGCUUCCACGGAGAAGGACCUCUGGGGCGUCCUACCAACCUGCCCCAAAGUUCGACAGAUCCAGCACUUUGCAAGACUGGAGGCCCUGGCGGUCCAGACUCCUUCACUGUUCUCGGAAACAAUAUGCCUUCGGUUUUCACUGAUCCAGAGCUGCAGGAGGUGAUCCGUCCUGGAGCCACAGGAAUACCUGAGUUUGACCUGUCCAGGAUUAUCCCAUCGGAGAAGCCUAGCCAGACACUACAGUAUUUCCCUCGUGGGGAGGUGCCAGGCCGCAAGCAGCCGCAGGGUCCUGGGCCUGGGUUCUCCCACAUGCAGGGGAUGAUAGGAGAGCAGACCCCAAGGAUGGGACUAACAUUGCCUGGCAUGGGGGGCCCCGGGCCAGUGGGAACUCCGGAUAUCCCUCUUGGGACGGCUCCAUCCAUGCCAGGUCAUAACCCGAUGAGACCACCUGCCUUCCUGCAGCAAGGCAUGAUGGGGCCGCACCACCGCAUGAUGUCACCAGCACAAACGGCGAUGCCUGGCCAGCCCGCGCUAAUGAGUAACCCCGUGGCCGCCGUGGGCAUGAUCCCAGGCAAGGACCGAGCCCCUGCAGGGCUGUACAGCCACCCGGGCCCUGUAGGGUCACCUGGUAUGAUGAUGUCAAUGCAGGGCAUGAUGGGACCCCAACAAAACAUCAUGAUUCCCCCCCAGAUGAGGCCCCGAGGUAUGGCUGCUGACGUUGGCAUGGGAGGAUUUAGCCAAGGCCCUGGAAACCCAGGGAACAUGAUGUUUUAAGCUGCUACCAUAAGACUGGAUGUUCUGAUCCUUGUCAAGAUGAGAUUCCAAGUCCUGAGGGCUUUUUUGGGAGCUUCAGGAGUACAGUUUGGCCAUGCAAUAGGUGAAAAGAGACCAGAGGACGCUUUGGGAAAUCUCGAAUGUAUGGAAUUACCUGAAAAAAAAAAUUAUUCAUUUUAACAGGUUGUUUUUUUUUUUAAGAUUUAUUUUUUAAAAAUUAUUUUUGUGGACUUGGGUAUCCUGUGACGGCACCUGCUUUGAGAAUCUGUAGCUGUAUUUUGAGAAUUGCCAUUUGUCACAAGUUGCACCAUUCUCUGUAUGUUUACGUCCUUUGGACUGGCUUCUCCCAGGACUCUCGGUUAUUUUUGGGGUUUUUUGUGUACUGUACUAUAUUGUAAAAGGGAUUUUAGCAGAGACUUUAGUCUUUGGGGUGAGAGGAGAAUGGGAUUCUAGGCUGUUUACUUUAGGUGGAGAAUCCAUCUUCAGAACUUUGGACUAUUUUCCUUCAACUCCAAUGUAUAGAAAAACCAAACUACGACCUCAGAGCAGAGUAUUAAUGAAAAGCACAAAAAGGAACUUAAGUUCAGUGAGGGGAAUCUUUUAAAAGAAAUAAAUAAUAAGUUAAGGACAUAUUUUUCAAAUUAUGGCGUGCUGUCCAGCACCUUCUGUCUCUCCCUCCCACUCUUUAUUAAAUAGGCUUCUCUCUCUC